CUCUGGCAGCAACAACCAUCAACAACAUCUCUCGGCGCACGCAACGCACAUGUAUACAAGCUCCUCGCGUUCUUCCCCGUCCGCCGUCGUUGUAUAUCUCUAUAACUCGUUGACGAAGGCUGCCGCGAGACGUGUGUGUGUGUGUGUGUGUGUGUGUGGAGAGCGUGCGUGUGCGCCGGUGUUUUUCACUCGAGAGCCAGCUGGGCCGCGCCGCUUUGGAAAAAAACGUAAACUACACCUAAUAGUGGGCGCAGACUCGUUCGACGAGGGAAUUUGAAUCGGCGGUAAUUCGAGUGCAGCUAUACGGCAAAAAGGAGCCGGUGCGGAUAGUGGAGCGCGCGCAGGGGAGAAAAAUAGUUGUGUAACAGAGAGCGAGAGAGAGAGACGAAAGGCGUGUGUUGUGAAGCAGUGCAUCGAAGAAACGCGCGACGAGUGCGGCGGGGAGGAAAAAUCAUCGCCGCGAGUAAAAAAAGACAAUAAGCAUCGAAGCCAGAUAGGUAUAGAGAGUGCGAGAGUGCGAUCGAGAUAGAGAACGACACACGCACACGGGCCGCAUUAUUUAUUCUCCGCUCCUUAGCUGCCCCCACUACCAGGUGGUGCGGCGGUGUGUCCAGAAGAGCGAGCGAGCAAGAGAGAGAGAGUAGAGCGGCGGCGGUAGAGCGACAGACCGUUCGUGUUCCUCCAUAUUCCGUGGGCGCACGCGCGCGCGCUCUCCUUCUCUCUCUCUCUCUCUCUCCUUCAUCGUUCUUCCUUCCUCUCCUCCUUCUCCUUCGCAGCUCCGUCUUCUUCGCUCUCUAUUCACUCUGCCGCGUAGUGUUGGUGCACUCGGAGGUGCCGUUUCGUUUUGAGAGAUCGCCGUCGCCGUGCUCGCCGCCGCCGCCGCCGCCGCCGCGCACCAGCAGUGUUGGCGCAGGGACGUGCGACUGACUGAGCAGUGUUGGGUGAAGAGUGGAGACGGUCCUGCAGCGGUGCAAGCGACCGAGAAAAAAGAAAGUGCGAUCGAGGGGUUGUGCCUCUCGUUCGGAGGGAGCAUCCGCGUGUGUGUCCGUGAGAGUGUGUACCUGCGCGGCCCAAGAGUGCACCUGAGGAAGCCGCUGUCGCUGCUGCUGCAGCAGGGAGAGAGAGCCACGCGCGAGGGACGGACUGCUGCUCUGCACCAGCAGCAGCGCUGCACACUGCGCACACAGCGGAGCAGAGGAGGAGUAGGUAGCGAGAGCGAGAGAAGACGGUGCGGCUGCUGCUGCCUCCGUCGUCGACGGGCACGACUCCUGCUGCAUGGAAGAUACGACGCGCACGGGCGGCAUGGAGAAACGGAUAGAGCUGGAGAAGCGCGGCAGGAAGCCCGCCGAAAUUACAGAGUUCGUACUCGACAAUUGCCGGAGUACGAAUAUCGUCGGCCUGACGGACGAGUUCGUCGCCCUAGAAUCGCUGAGCCUCAUCAACGUGGGACUCACCAGUUUAAAAGGCUUCCCAAAAUUACCAAACCUCAAAAAGUUGGAACUAAGUGACAACAGAAUAUCGAGCGGUUUGAACCUGCUGCACACGAGCCCAAAGUUGACUCACCUGAACCUCAGCGGGAACAAAAUCAAGGACCUCGACACGCUACAGCCGUUGAAGGAGUUCAAGAACUUGAAAAGCCUUGAUCUCUUCAACAAUGAAGCGACAAACAUGGACAAUUACAGGGAGAAGGUCUUCAGUCUUAUACCCAGCCUACGGUACCUUGACGGGUACGACAUUGACGACUGCGAAGUCGAUAGCGAUGGCGAAGACGACGAGGUUAACGGUAACGACGAUGGAGAUGGAGAUGCUAAUGAAGACGACAGCGAAGAAGUUUUCUUUCUUUCAGCUUCCGACGAGGAAGACGAGGAUGACUUGGAAGACGGAGGAGUUCUCUUAGAUUCGGUGUAUAAAGAUCUCGAAGACGAAAGCGACGAAGAAGAUUACGUUGUUGAAGCCGACGAGGAGGAAGACGACUACGAAUACGAGGACGAAGAAGAUGAGCAGGAAGAACAACAACAAGAAGACUCGUCUCCUGCCCGAGGCAAAAAGAGAAAACACGAAGACGGCGUUGAAUCGGGGAAUUAGAAAUUCGUUUACGACGUUUCGAUGCUGUCGAGAGAAUGUAAAAUUCGUUCAAACGUUUAAAAAACAAAAGGUGUGCCGCCAAGAGAACAGCUGGGAAUCAAACUAAUUGACCGACCAAUGACAGACUACAGUGAGUUGCGCGAUUUUGUCAGUAGAUCAUUGACUGAAAAAUUGUAACAUACGACUAAAAACAAAUGAAGUACAGAGAGAGAGAGAGAAACGGAGUGAACGUUUGUGCGUGAAUGAGUGCGAGAGCGAGCGAACGAGCAAGCGAGAAAGAGAGAUGGACAAUUAUUAUAUGCGCAUAAAACGAAAAAUGAAAAAAGUAUAUGUAAAACAAAAUGGAAGUUAUCGAGAAAUGGAGCAUUAAAGAAUAAGUUGGAAAGGAUGAUGGAGGAGGCAUAAAUAAGGGCCGCAUUCCAGCUAGACCCAACACGCGUUUUAGUUAUACUAACGAUAUUUUAUAUAGAGUAUAUAGUUAGAGAAUUAGAAGUGUUGCAUAGUUUUGGCGAGAGAAGAACGGAUGUAAGAAGACACGACUGGGGUCUCAAGAGAGUACGAGUUAGAGAGAAGGCAGCGGAGUUUUACACUCAUAGGAGCGUAUUUGUCUGUUAGCUCCACUCGGCCAAAGGCUGGGCUUAUGCUGGAAUGCAGCCAUCGUUAAUCAGUACUAAGGUUAUAUAAGUUACAUUUUAAAUACAUCAUUAUUGUACCAUUAUUAAGCGUAGAAUGUAAACGAGGAUCAACUUUUGUACAGGUUUACAAACCACACCCGUCGAAAUGAUGCGCGGUGCCGCACUGUGAUUUUUGAGACGGGAACAUGUUUCGUAUGUACAGGAGGCAAUGUUUUAAUCAUGUUUCUUUUUUUACUUUUUCUCGGGUCGUCCAAAAAAGCCUUUACGAUUGAUUCGUACCCUCACACUUUCAGCUAAUUAACCAUUACCUUUUAGAUGUAAGGUAAACGAGGCGCGCCAGAUUUCCAUUCGAUUCGUCUUGCAAAAUUUGGAAAAUCGUGACCGAACAAUUAUGAGUUUUUUUUUGCCCAUCAUCAACAACUGAAUUGUAAUAAAUUUAUAUACGUCGUAAGAUGGACCAAUCAAUCAAGACAAUUGCAAGGAUCGAAAAAAAAAGAAAUAUAGCAGUGCUAUAUCGACUGCUAGUAUAUUUGUCAUAUCAACGACUGCAGAUUUUUUCGUACCUUAAUAAAACGAGAACUCCAACUCACUCAAUUCCUGUAACACAUAUUAUUACUUCUAAAAUUGAAAAGGAAGAUAUUUUUCUUAUAAAAUAUAGAUAAAUAAAAAGUAACAGAACAAAAAAAAAAUGUGCUACUAAAACCUUUACUUUCUGUCUCAAAGAUCACCCACCGGCUCCUCAGCUACUACACAAUCUUGCGAUGCAAAUUUUGCCUGUCGAGAUUACAGAUUAAGAGUAGUAGAUAUUAUUAUACUUAUUUUAGAAUUAUCAUUAUAAAAUGAUGAUGCGAGAGGGGACGAAAGAGAAGUUUACACAUGUGCUUUUGCAACGAUUCGACAGUGGCUAGGCGUCGUAAAGUUAAAAGUUGAGGGCAGGCGGAUAAAUAAAAUACCGAAGUAGAGAACAACGACGACAACACGUUAAAAAAAAAGAAAGAUAGAUUGACGUCGACGAGGACCCGAGUCAGUUUUAGAGUAAAGUAAGAAAACUAAUUAAAAGAAAAUAAAAUAACGUAAAUGAAUAAUUAAUUAUUUAAUGAAAACAAUGGACGGAGCCGAGAAUCGCGAGAGACUUGGGACGGUUGUAGAUGACUGAAGACCGCGAGAGACGAGCCGCGAUCAGAGGCGACGUAUUAUAAUUGUGCGACAGAGUGCUUGUGAGAGUGCGUUGUGCGAGCAAGCGACAAAAGUAAGAGAGAGAGGAUUGGUUUUAUAACAAAGUGAUAGAAAAUGUACCAGAAAAGUUUACAAAAAAAGAGAGAGCGAGAGCGAGCGAGUGCGAGGAGAUAAAGUUAAUGAAAAUAUGAAUUAUGCGCGGUAGGCAGUGCGUAAAAGGUGGAGUUUGAGAAAAUUACAGAUCUAGGAAAACGAGGCUGGUGCGCGCCCGAGGACUCGUGCGGGGCUGACGCCAGAUUGGUUUAUGGCCUUAUCCAAUUUUUCCAAGACUAAAAGCAAACGUUAUAUUAGGUACCACAAAGCACACGGCGCGCGUGUUAUACAGAGCUAAAUUUGUAAAGAAAAAAAUUUUCUCGAUCAGCGGUUAUUUGUUUUUGCGGUUCGCACGGAAUCACAUACGUAUUAGAGAAAAGUCUAAAAAAAUAAUAAUAAUAAUAAACAGACGGGAGGAGAUGAGUACCGGCCGCCCUAAAUGCAAUUUAUUACCAUGUCUCUCAAACCGAUAUUAUAUACAAUCAAAAUGAUCCGUUAAACAAGCACCGAUGUUCAAAUUUCAAUGCUUAUUAUAUUAGUGCGCAUUACUUUGAGUGACGUUGCCCUUGCGAAGAUAAGGUAUAAAGAGGAAUAUUUGGAAAAAAGAUGCAGCAGCAGACGUAUAGGAGAAAGCUCGACGAGCGCUCUGAGCGCCGACCCCCGAGCUUUCGAGCAUAAACUUCUUAAGAUAAAAAAAAAAAGUUAAAAAAAAGAAACAGAAAACAAAAAAGUCUAUAUAUGUACCGAUAUAUACAUAUAUUUUUUUCUAAAAAAAUUUUUAUCUUUCUAUCCUGCAAGGUUGUUCAAAGUGAUCAACUCGUCACGACUCACUAAUGUAUAUCGCGGAAUGAAAAAUUUAAGGGAGGUUUGGUGGAAAAAAAAUGCGGGAGGGAGAAUUAUCUAAGUACAAUAAUAAUGAAAAAAAAAAAAAAAAAAAUGAAAGAAAGAAUUUUAUUAUUAAAAGAGAUAACUUUGACUAUGAAAGCUGGUGGUUAUAUUGAGGUGAAAAUUGAGAAUUUAAAAUGAGGGAGAGCGUAUAAUAUAUACAAGCGACGAAGAGUAAAUUCCGAGCGGCCCGCGAGGCAAAUGCGCUUUUGUCAAUUGUAAUUUUUGGAUAGACCAUGUGUUGAUGAGUAUGAGCGAUGAUAGCGAGAAAGAGAGUGAGAGAAAGAGAAAACAUUUUGUCUAUCGCCCUUGUGUAUCAGGUAUACGUAUGAACUUAUUACGGUUAUACAUAUAUAUUACACACAAUACAUACACAUACAUUUGCGCGUGUCGUCCGUCUGUUUCUGUUGUUAAAAUGGAUUUUUAUCAGACGUUCAUUUCUUUUGAGCAAUCCUCAUCGCGAAAUAAGAAAAGAUAAUUUAUUAAUAAAACCAUUUACAAAUCAA